GGGGGCCGGCCAGCCUUGUAUGUUCCAGAAUAACAAGGAAGGGGGGCAGGGCGUGGGGAGAGGCGUGGGUGAUUGAGUUCCGUGAGAAAACUGCCUUGGGGCCGAGGGGGUCUUGUGUCCACUUAAGGGCUUUGGAUUUCUGAGACCAACGCCUGCGGCGGAGGGCUGGUUAAGGCGAGGAGGGUUGCGGUUAUAUACAUCUACUCUGCUCCUAAACCUGGAAUCACUAUAAAAACCAAAGAAGCAACUGUCUUCACCUCCCUCCACGCGGGCCUCCUUGAACUUGCCUCCGCAAAGCAGCUCACUGCGAUCACUGUUUGAAGUGGCAUCAACACCCCGCCCCACCCUCCAACCCUUACGAGUUUCCUUUUCUUCCUGGCACCGGCCACAUCAUAAUAACAUAGACCUAUCUGUUGACGGUCCUCUCUUCCCUCCCCACCCCCACCCAACACAAGCUCGCUGAGGUCAGGGGCCCGGGUCUGUCCUCCCCUGGGUCCCCAGCCCAGCUCUGAGUGAAUUGCACAUGCUAAUGUCCCAGGAGCACUGCUCCGGGCCAGAGGGUUCCUCAUAUUGUUAUUCAGGUCUGAGCUCAAUCGUCCUCCGGAGAGCCCAGGGCCUCCCUGGCCACUGUAUCUAAAGCAUCUCCACCCUGCUCAAGGCCUUACAACCGUGACCUCCAUCUGUCCUCACUUCUUCCCUGGGCCUCAGUUUCCCCAUCUAUUACCUAAAGGGGCUUCUUCACUGCCACCUCCUUUGACCACCCAACUAGAGAAGCUCCCCUGACUCUACCACCUGUUACCCCAUUAUCCUUAUUUUAUUCCUUUUGUAUCACUCAUCACAAGCCCUGCAGGAUCUUGUUGAUGUAUUUGCUCAGGUAUAUCCUAUUCUGCCCCUCCCGGCCCUCCAGGAAUGUGGGUUCCAGAGGGCAAGAGUCAAAUCGGCCUGGUUCACAUAAAUCCUGCUUCUUCAUAGGUCGGUCAACAAAUGGGUAUUCAGCACAUUCUCUUUUUCUUUCUUUCUUUCUUGUUUGUUUAUUUAUUUAUUUUUUUAGAGCACAAGCUGGGGAGGGGCAGAGAGACGGAGAGACAGAAUCCCAAGCAGGUUCCACACCAUGGGUGCAGAGCCCCAUGCAGGGCUGGAACUCACAAAAUGUGAGAGAGAUCAUGGCCUGAGCCGAGCUCAAGAGACGGACGCUUAACGGACUGCGCCGCCCAGGCCCCUCCAGCACGUUCUUUCAACAGACCUCACAGAGGGGCUGUGUGCCAGGCACUCGGUCUUGGGGAUCUGCUGGGGCCGUGAAGCCCCUGGCUUAUGGAAAAAAAUGUGGAAGAAGUGAAUUCCAUCUGAGCCCCAGGCAGUGAGGUUCCAUAGCACUUAAAGCCAGACAUUCCGUUUUUCAGGGCCUCAGUUUCCCCCUUUGUAAAACGGGGCGGCAGGGGGGGGACUGCUAGACAGAACCACCACCUCGGGUCCCGCUGCUGCCCUCUCCAAGCCUUUUUCCUGCCGUGUGGCUGCUCAAGGUUUCAAAGAGAGGAGCUGCGGUUUGGACUGCAGGUGAAGGGAAGGAGUGUGCACGUGUAGGGGGAGACCAAGCUCUGUCCUUAACUCAGCCCGGAGGAAGUCUCCUCCUCUCCGAACCUCAGUUUCUUCUUCCCUAAAGCGGGCAUCCCGGACGCCCCCCACCUCGCAGGCGGGCGGAUCAGAUGGAAGCGAUGGGCCAAGCCGCGGGGCGGGGUGGUGCGUAGGGCCGCGCUGGUUUCCGACCCCGAGAGCCCGCCCGCCACCACGUGGGGCGGCGGCAGCGCGGGCGGAACCCAGGCUGGGCGGCUCGCGGCCCGCCCGGGCCUCUGCAGCUGGGGCGCCGGCGGAAGUGGGGGCGCCGGGCGCCGCGGACCUCGAUGAGGAAACCGAACAGGGAGGCUGUUUGCAGAGCCGCGGUGACCUGUCCAGAUCCCUCGUAGCGAAUCUGGGAGGGCUAAGAACCACCCGUCUCCCCGAAUCCACACCUUCCUAUCCGCUGAGGGGGCCAGGAUAAUGCAGACUCCACCAGCCAUUCCUGUGCCUGUGCUCCGGCUCCCCCGGGGCCCCGAUGGCUUGAGCCGAGGCUUUGCCCCAGACGGACGCAGGGCCCCCCCGAAGCCAGAGGUUCCUGGAAGCCCGGGAUCUCCAGUAGGUCGAGAGUCUCGGGAAUCCCGGGAACAGCAGGCCCGAGCCGCACUUCGGGAACGCUACCUCCGCAGCCUGCUGGCCAUGGUGGGUCACCAGGUGAACUUCACACUGCACGAGGGUGUGCACGUGACCGCCCACUUCGGAGCCGCCGACCUGGACGUGGCCAAUUUCUACGUGCUGCAGCUGCAGACGCCGAUAGGCGUGCAGGCCGAGGCGCUGCUGCGGUGUAGUGACAUUAUUUCCUACACCUUCAAGCCGUGAGGACGUGACGGUGUUCACCUUUCUGCCCGAGGCCUGGCCGCAGUAUCCCAGCCUCCAAAUGUUCAGGAGCCCAGCACCCUGGGCCCCACAGGGUUUGGAACAUCCUUGGAAAUUUGAGCCGAGCGCCGGGCAACUCUGGCUUCUUGGGACCUGCGGAGUCCAGUCAGUAAAAUUCGGCAACCGCGGGAGUUCUGGAGCCCGUUGGAAGGAAUGCUCUGCCUCACAGGAAUCUAAGCUCUUAAAACAGGGCCUCAUGCCAGUUCCUGAAGACUGGGGGUUGGGGGCGGUUAACAAAGGGCGGCACAUCGCAGAGUGGGAAAUUGUCUGUUGAAGUUGCAAAGUACAGCCACCCUGGAGAAAGUCCCCUCUACUAAAGAACCCAUCAUUCCAGGAAGACUCCUGUUUUGUUUUGUUUUGUUUUGUUUAAAUGUGCCACAUAGGGAUGGAACCGGAUUUAGGAAAUGGGAGGUUGACUAUCCUGGUGGCCCUCGAGAAGAGGACACAUCAAGGGGCCCACAUCAAGGGGCCGGGAGGAACUGGGGGAUAAAGGUGGAGAUUGGGUUGGUCCUCACUCUCUGGGGGAGUGGCUGGAGCUACCUGAGCAGCGGGUUUGGGAGAUU